AUGUCUAUUGCGCCUCGGCUUUCUGGGGAAGGGAACCCGAAACUCCAAGACGCAAUAGAUAUGGAUACAAAUCUUGCCCGCAGGAGAGAUGCCGUCGUACGUGAGGCCCCUUCGCUUGCGCGGCUCGGGGGUGCCAGCUGGGCGGCCGUGGCGGCAGAUCGCUCGCGUCGCUCGGUCCAGGGCGUGGCCCGGCAGAUCUGGAAGGAGGGAGGCGUCCGGGCGUUCUACAGGGGCCUCGGGAUCGCUGUGCUCCGCGGCGUGGUCAUGAACGCCGUCGUCUUCCCGGUCUACGAGUCCACGGCUGGGUCGCACUACACCGCCAAGAGGACGCUUGGGCAGUGGCUGAAGGAGCAGAAGGUCCCUGGCAUCUAUGGCGUGGACACGCGGGCCCUGACGAAGCUGAUUCGGGUGCACGGCGCCAUCUUGGGCAAGGUGAUCGUGGACGGCUGCGAGCCGUCUGGGGCCCCCGGGUUCGCGGACCCGAACAAGACCAACCUGGCCGCCUCCGUCUCGCGCCGGAAGCCCCAGGUGUUCCUGCCGCCGCCGCUGCCCGCGGCGGCCCCGGCGCCAGAGGAGGCAGUUGGGCAGCCCGCCAAGCCGAUGCCCAAGAUAGUGGCAGUGGACUGCGGGAUGAAGAACAACAUCAUCAGAUACCUGGCCAUCGAGCUUCGGGUCCACCUCACGGUGGUGCCGUGGGACUACGACUUCACGAACGACGACUUCGACGGGCUUUUCCUCAGCAACGGGCCGGGCGACCCCACGAUGUGCGAGAAGACGGUGGGUCACGUGCGGCAGGUGAUGGCGAGCCGGCCCAAUUGUCCCAUUUUCGGGAUUUGCCUCGGCAACCAGAUCCUGGGCCUCGCCGCGGGCGCCACCACCUUCAAGAUGAAGUUCGGGAACCGCGGAAUGAACCAGCCCUGCGUGGACAUGCGCACCACGCGGUGCUACAUUCGGAACCACGGGUUCGCCAUCGACAACGAGUCGCUGCCGCAGGGCUGGAUGCCGCUGAUGAUCAACGCAAACGACGGCACGAACGAGGGCAUCAUCCACGCCCUUCGCCCAUGGUUUUCGGUACAGUUCCACCCGGAGGCGUGCGGGGGCCCGACUGACACCGCAUUCCUGUUCAGGGACUUCAUCCGGUACAUUUCGGACCCGUCCAUGCAGUCGGUGACCACCAUCCCGUACACCCUGCCCAUCACUCAUCGCAAGGUUCUCGUGCUGGGCUGCGGCGGGAUCACCAUCGGCCAGGCUGGGGAGUUCGAUUACUCUGGCAGCCAAGCUAUCAAGGCGCUGCGGGAGAGCGGCGUCUAUUCGAUCGUGAUCAACCCGAACAUCGCCACCAUCCAGACCUCCUGGGGCUACGCCGACCGCGUCUACUUCCUCCCCGUGAACGUGGAGUUCGUGACCCAGGUCAUCAAGCGCGAGCGUCCCGACGGCAUCCUCUGCUCCUUCGGUGGCCAGACGGCCCUCAACUGCGGCAUACAGCUCAGGGACCAAGGAGUCCUCAAGGAGUACGGCGUGCAGGUGCUCGGCACUCCGAUCGACGCCGUGGUCACGACGGAGGACCGGGAGCUGUUCGCGAAAGCGGUGGCGCACUGUGGCUACAAGGUGGCUGAGAGCGCCUGCUGCAUCUCCAUCGAGGAGGCGGCGAACGCGGCGACGCAGAUCGGCUACCCGGUGCUCGUCCGUGCCGCCUUCGCACUGGGCGGGUUGGGCAGCGGGUUCGCGUCCGACGAGGCGGAGCUACGACGGCUGGUGCAGAUAGCGCUAGUGAACAGCCCGCAGGUGAUCGUGGACAAGAGUCUGAAGGGCUGGAAGGAGCUCGAGUACGAGGUGGUGAGGGACGCGAACAACAACUGCAUCACGGUGUGCAACAUGGAGAAUUUCGACCCCAUGGGCAUUCACACCGGCGAUUCCAUCGUGAUCGCCCCGUCUCAGACUCUCACCAACGCGGAAUACUUCCGGCUGCGCGAGUGCGCGCUCAAGGUGGUGCGCCACCUCGGCGUGGUGGGCGAGUGUAACAUCCAGUACGCGGUCGACCCCAAGUCUGAGGAGUUCCGCAUCAUCGAGGUGAACGCGCGGCUCUCGCGCAGCAGCGCCCUCGCCUCGAAGGCGACAGGAUACCCGCUGGCUUACGUCGCUGCCAAGUUGGCCCUCGGGAGCGACCUGGUCAAGCUGCGCAACAGCGUCACGCUUUGCACCACCGCUUGCUUCGAGCCGAGCUUGGACUACGUCGUGGCCAAGGUGCCCCGCUGGGACCUGAGGAAGUUCUCCACCGUGGACCAGGAGGUGGGCUCCUGCAUGAAGAGCGUCGGGGAGGUGAUGGCCAUUGGCCGCACGUUCGAGGAGACGAUCCAGAAGGCCCUGCGCAUGGUCGAGGAGUCCUGUAAGGGCUUCGACUCGGACCGCUUUGACAUGGAGCUCGGGCACCGUGGCCAGAGUGAUGAAGCUUUGCACUUUGUCAGGGCCGAGCUUAUGAAUCCGACGCCCGCUCGCAUGUGGGCGAUCGCCAAGGCCUUCGAGCUGGGCCUCGGGGUGGAGGACGUGCACGGCCUCAGCUGCAUCGACCGCUGGUUCCUGUCGAAGCUGUACCACAUCCACGUCGUGAAGCAGGCGCUCCUGUCUCUGGACAUCGUUGGCCUCUCGAGCAAUCAGCCGCUGGUCCUGGAGGCCAAGCGCUGCGGCUUUGCCGACCGCCAGAUCGCAGCGGCCCUGAGGACGCGCGACGCGGAGGUGCGCGAGCUCGAGUACACCGGCGGGAUUGUGAGGGACACCCACGUGAGAAACUUGCGGCGCAGCAUGGGGGUGGUCCCGUAUGUGAAGCAGAUCGACACGCUCGCGGCGGAGUUCCCCGCCCAGACGAAUUACCUGUACCUCACCUACAGCGGCCUGGAGCACGACGUGAGCCUCGCCGGCCAGGGCGACGACCAGGUCUUCCGCCGCCAGCGGACUGGCGGGUCCUCCAACGUCGCGUCGCCGGAGCACCGGGGCGCUCGAUCCCCCAGCACCUCCGUGAUCCCCGAGCCGCUGACGCUCGGCAGCUCGCUGAAAUUCAACCCCGAGUCCCGCAAGGAGGCGCGGAGACCCGAGCCGAGCGGCAGCCCCGCCGGGGGCGGCGUCGUGGUCCUGGGCUGCGGGCCGUACCGCAUCGGCAGCAGCGUGGAGUUCGACUGGUGCUGCGUGUCGUGCGUGAAGACGCUGCGGUCGCUGGGGCACCAGGCCAUCAUCAUCAACUGCAACCCCGAGACGGUGUCCACCGACUUCGACGAGUCGGACCGGCUGUACUUCGAGGAGCUCAGCCACGAGACCGUGCUCGACAUCGCGAGCCUCGAGCGAUGCGCUGGCAUGGUGGUAUCUGUCGGUGGGCAGACGCCGAACAACCUGGCCAUGCGAUUGGCGAAGGAGGGCAUCAGGAUCCUCGGUACGUCCGUGGAGGCGAUCGACUGCUGCGAGAACCGCUUCAAGUUCAGCAAGCUCUGCGACAACCUGCGCAUCGACCAGCCGGAGUGGUCCGAGUUCACCACCGUGGAGGAGGCCUUUCACUUCUGCAAGCGCGCCCAGUACCCCGUGCUGGUGCGGCCGUCCUACGUGCUGAGCGGCGCCGCCAUGCGGGUGGUGAGCUCCGACAGCGAGCUGGAGCGGUUCCUGCGCUGCGCUGCGGUGGUCAGCCGGGAGUACCCCGUGGUGAUCUCGAAGUACAUCUCCGGGGCCAAGGAGGUGGAGCUGGACGCGAUCGGCCAGAACGGGACGAUCUUGAACUACGCCAUCGCGGAGCACGUUGAGAACGCUGGCGUGCACAGCGGCGACGCUUCGCUGCUGCUGCCGGCGCAGAAGCUCUUCGUGGAGACACAGAGGCCCGUGUGUCGAAGGAUGGCUCUGUCGACCCCAGUUGCCACGACGGCCUCGGUCAGCCGCGUCUCUGCCGAGUACCGUGAGCUCGAGAAGUCCGAACCUCUCCUGCAAGAGAACUCUCAGCGCUGGGUGAUGUUCCCCAUCAGGCACCACGACAUCUGGGAGAUGUAUAAGAAGCACGAGGCAUCCUUCUGGACGGCGGAAGAGAUCGACCUCUCGCAGGACCUACGGGACUGGGAGACUCUGGCAGACAGCGAGAGGCAUUUCAUCAAGCACGUGCUCGCAUUCUUCGCCGCCUCGGACGGGAUCGUGCUGGAAAAUUUGGCCGCCCAGUUCACCACAGAAGUCCAGUCACCAGAGGCUCGUGCCUUUUACGGCUUCCAGAUGGCCAUGGAGAACAUCCAUUCCGAAACGUAUUCUCUCUUGAUCGAGCAGUACAUCAAGGAUCCAGCUGAAAAGGAGAUGGUCUUCGAUGCUAUCCAUACCAUGCCAGCGAUCCGGCAGAAGGCGGAGUGGGCAGUGCAGUGGAUGAACCAGGAGAACAGCUUCGCCGAGCGGCUCGUUGCCUUUGCGGCUGUCGAGGGAAUAUUGUUCAGUGGCUCGUUCUGUGCGAUCUACUGGCUGAAGAAGCGCGGGCUUAUGCCAGGCUUGACGUUCUCAAACGAGCUGAUCUCACGGGACGAAGGCCUGCAUACCGAGUUCGCGUGUUUGCUUUACGGGAAGCUCCAGAACCCGUUGCCAGAGGACGUGGUUCACAACAUAGUUCGUGGCGCGGUGGAGGCCGAGCGUGUUUUUAUCUGUGACGCGCUGUCCUGUGACCUCAUCGGUAUGAACAACGACCUCAUGACGCGCUACAUCGAAUUCGUCGCGGACCGUUUGCUCACCGCGCUGGGCCAUUCCAAGUUGUUCGGGGCGUCCAACCCGUUCGACUGGAUGGAGCUCAUUUCGUUGCAGGGCAAGACGAACUUUUUCGAGAAGCGCGUCGGCGACUACCAGAAAGCUGGGGUAAUGUCCUCGACCAACGCCUCGGGAGAAGAAGCCAGAGGUUUCGCGCUGGACGUUGAUUUCUGA